UUCGUUUACAUUUUUGUUAACCUAAAAUUUUUUAGUGUUUUUUUAACAAUACGCGUAGUUUUGCCGCCUCAAAUUAAACUUUUUAUUUAUUGCUGUGAAAUUGAAGUGAAAUUGUGUUGUUUUGUGUAUUCGCUAAAGUGUUUUAAAACAAUUUGACAAUGUUCAACGCACGCACGGACACGUUGAAACUGAAUCAAACCGCAAUGUUUGCUAAAAUACGCGCCGGUUUGCCGGUGGAGCGCCAGCACACGCAAAAUUUACUCGAAUGCAAGGAUGAUAUGCUGUACGCAUGGGAUUCAGAAGAAUGCUGUUUAUUGGCGGUGAAUUGGCGUCUGGCCGCCUUGGAAGGCUUCGAAGCCGUCAAAUAUCAGAAUCUCAUACCAUCAGUGCCGCAAAGCUUCCAAGUAGAACGUGUUGUCGCCUCGUCGGAAGGCUCACUCAUCGCGCUCGCCGGUGCCAGAGGUGUCACCGUGCUCGAGCUGCCGCGACGCUGGGGCAAAGAUGGGCUCUUCAUGGAGGGCAAAGAGAAAAUCACAUGUCGCGCAUUUAAUUUGGACUCGCUACUGUUUAGCAACAAUCCACACCUGGAACUGCGUCAGCUGCGUUGGCAUCCAUUUUCGCCUACCGACUCACAUCUGCUCGUGCUGCUGUCGGACAAUACAAUACGCGUUUAUGAUAAUUCCACUCUACGUCACGUAUGGAAAGUCGGCCCAGUGCCGAUGAAGAACGACAAUAAUCUCAAUACUUCACUACCAACGGCCCUACUGCUUGGUGAAUUCGCUGUAGAUUUUGAUAUAGCUCCUGCUGUAGCCCCGAAGGAUGAUGCAGUCUUGAACUCCUCAACAACUAUUAACAACAACAAUACCACGAAUGAUACGCUAAAUCAUAGUCGCAAUCUCUCGAAGGCUUUUAAUGAGACUGUUGCAGGAAAUAAAAACGCACAGAAUUCCGAAUGCAUUGAAUGGCCAAUUAUUGUGCUGCGUGAGAAUGGCAAUAUUUAUGUACUAAUGGCUGGACUAGAUAGUCACAAACCACGAUUACAGGGUCCACUAACAAUUACGCCACAGAGCCACGAUAAUUAUGGCAUGGACUCGUGCGCCAUUUUAGUAAUUCCAUCUCUGCCGCCCACACUGGUCAUUGCCGAAGCGAAUGGCACGCUGCAUCAUGCACUAUUUCUCGAGGCCGAGGAGGCAGAGGAGUCCUUCAACGAAGUAGACGCCAGUUUGAUCAUACAUCCAUCUGAAUACACGGUACAUGUGCUAGAGACCGUAUUGCUGGAACUGGGCUUACCAAAAGAUGACCCAAAAUCGAAGACCUACAAUUGUCCUAUAUAUUUGAAACGCGAUUACAUCAAUGAGAUGCGCUAUUUCGCCUAUCACAAUGCCGGACUGCAUGCGAUAACCAUUAAUUUCAUCUCCGAACUGCAGCGUUUCGUAGAAAGUGAUGUCGACUCCGACAUCAGUCCACUCUCCAUCGGCUCGAAUGCCGAAUAUAUCGUGUGCACUAAAAUCGACGCCAGCGAACGCAUUAAUGCCGUACUCGGCUUUGUACUACUCCAAAUGCCUUCGGGCGUUGUUCUACUACUCGGCAGCGGUGAAGUUAUCAGCUUGAAACUCAUCAUCGAUCCGAAAAUACUUGUGGAAACAGUGAAAAUUAAAGAGGAAACCGAUAAAUCAUUGCCAAAAUUGGAAGCCAAGUCUGAAUUGGAUCGCAUGUUGGAGCCCUCCUUUGUGGAUCACAUCAAAAGCAUGUUGAAACGUGAUGUUACACAACCCAUACUCUCAGUAGACAAAACAAGCACACCAAAUCCGCAGGAAUGCUAUGAGCUGCUCACACAAGCCAUUGAGGUUCUACGCACACAGUAUUUGAAGCGACACGAAUUGGUGCGCGCUGAAAUUACAAAGCGUGUGAACACCAUUAAGUUGCGUAAAGAGCAGCAGGAGCAUGAGAUUGCCGAUUUAGAGAAGGAGCGUGAGAAUAUACGCGAGACAGCGCAUCGACUGGCCGAGCGUUUUGAGGAGAUCAGCGAUCAGCAGGAGAUCAUAACGAAGAAAUGCCAGCAUCUUGUGCGCCAGGCACAUACCCGUCUACCCACCAAUCCAAUUGCUGAUAAGGAAUUCGCCCAGGAAGUGGAACGUAUCAAUAAGGAGACUAAAGCCUUGACGAAUUCUAUGCAGAAGGCGCGCGAUACCAUCAACAAGCAAACUUAUCAUAUCUCCAAGUAUAAUCAAACCGCUAAGAAAAAGACGUUUCAUUUACCAGAACGUCAAGAGAAGAACAUUAAGGAGAUACUUAUUCAGAUUGCCGCCGAAGUGGACUCUCAAAUCCGUGAUGUCAAGCAUAUCAACCAACAGCUUGGUGUUUAAUAAAAUUGUGCAACAUCAUCGAAUUUUAAUAACACUUACUACAAUAAUAUAUAAUUUUAAUGGUUGAAUAUUAAGCCAAUUAGUUUAGUUUUCCAGCGCGAAAAUGACAAAACAAUAACAUUUGUUUUGUUUCAUUUUGCUUUUUGUUUAUUAAUUUUUAUCCAUACAUAUUACUUUCUAAUGAUAUAAUUUAAAAUAAAAUGCUCAAAAUUAUCAAGUGCAUAGAAAAUCAA